AUGCAACGUACAUUCCUCCACGCCCUCAUCAAGCUCGCCACCAAGUCGGGUCGUUUUCCUCAGUGCCUCAAGCUUCGCAGUCUCGCGUGGGAGAGCCAACCGUUCUCUGGUGGGGGCUUUGGAGACGUGUACAAAGGGAGCGUGAAGAGUAGGCCGGAUGUCCCACUUGCGAUCAAGGUCGUGAAGGUCUAUCAGUCUUCGAGGAAGGAUCGGCUGCUCAAGAGUUUCUCAAGCGAGGCUGUCGUAUGGAGUCAUCUGCGGCAUCCGAACGUCCUACCAUUUUACGGGGUAUUUCAACAGGGUGACGCUACACUAUGUUUGGUGUCGCCGUACAUGGGAAGGGGCAACGUACGGAGCUACCUCAGAGAAGGGUCUAAGAGGGUCAAUAGGAUGCUCUUGGCGCUUGACGCCGCCCGCGGACUGGAGUAUCUCCAUAACCAUAACCCGACAAUUGUUCACGCUGACAUCAAAGGAGUUAAUAUCCUCGUCUCGAACUCCGGCCGUGCUUGUCUUGCCGAUUUCGGCUUUGCGACAGCCAAAGACACCAACCAGGCGCAGGCGCAGAGCACUAUGCCCUCUGCCCUCACUGUUGCGUGGUCUGCGCCUGAGAUUCUCAUAAGUUUUGGGAAGCCGGGCCACCAGGCGCACACGACCAAAAGCGACAUGUAUUCUUUUGGGUGUGUUUGUUAUGAGAUAUUCUGCGAGCGUGAUCCAUUCCACGGCGCUGGGCUACCGAUCGUUCUCGGCCUGAUCAUUUCGGGGAAACGGCCUGAGCGUCCUGAGCGGGGCGCCGCGCUGCAUCUAAAUGAUGAACUAUGGCGGUUCAUGAGCCGUUGUUGGGUCGAGAAUGCCAACGAAAGACCUUCGGCGAGCGAUGCAGUACGAUUACUCGAGCGUCUGGCUGCCAAAACAGGAGUGGGAGGCGCUGGUGAGCCUCAGAGCACGGAUGAAUGGGAUUAUUCUAUACUGGAAGAGAUUUUGGCGGAGACGGUGCACCCUUUUUCGAUGUUGUUGGGCGUUUCGAUGCCUCCUUCAUAA